UGGCGCUGUGGGGCUAUGUCAGCUGUAGCACUGGGAGAAGAAGAAGCAGCAGCACCGUGACUGUGUACCAUAACAACGUGGGUUUGUUGAGGUCGCCGGUGUUUGGAUUUAUCUACUUUCAAGUCCACCUCGUUUACAAUGAAAGACACUGAGGUAAAGCAGGAGCAUCCCUCCCUCUAUUUAGAAGUUAGCUCUGAAAGCGGGGAGCCGCGUCUUCCUCUGCACACGUCCAUCGUCCUGUUUCUGCUGUCCUACUGCGAGUGCAAGACUUUCAAAGUUUUCCUGGUCUUCAAGAAACCUGCCAGCUGCGAGUCACUGAGGAGUCAGCUGCCCGCCUCCCUGAGUGUCUCUGACAUCCAGGUGGAGGGUUUGCCACAGCUGGUGAAGGCCUGCCGCCUCCCUGCUGUUUUGGAUGAGACUGGACGGCUCUGCAGGGCAGGACUGGCCGUGGUCCUCAGACAUAUCAUUAACACAACCAUCGAGGCAGACCCUACCAGGAAGGAUGUACUGGCACUGCUUGGUUUCAAGAAGACAUGUCUGAAAGCCUGUGCUGAGGUCAGCAAGUGGACUAGGCUAUGUGAAAUUGGCAUCCCCUCUGCCGUUGAGGAACACCUCCAAAAUCCCCAGAAUCAAUAUCUGCAGCUGCCUCUCUCCAUUCUCACCCUCGAGCGAAGGCUGGCGGAACCUGUCAAAGUGCACAACGACGACAAAAUACGGAGACAGAAACUCAAAGAGCAGAGACAGAGUGAAAAGAGUGAGUCCCCAAAGGGAGGCCGAGGGAAGCCGGACGCUGAGCCCGAGUCUGGACAGCCGUCUCCGGUCCGUGACGGACUUGAGCUCAGGGCGGCUCUCGCCAAACUGUCUGUGGAUUCAGUUCCGGCUUUGACCACCAGAGAGAACUCUGAGAUCAGGAAAGUGAAGACAACGGACUUGCCUCCGCUGGAGCAUGUUUUUGCUGAGGGACUGUACUUCACUCUGACUGAUGUGGUGCUGCUGCCGUGCAUCCAUCAGUAUCUGUGCUCCCUUCAAGCCCAUGCUGCGAGCGCGCUGCGUUGGGUCCCCCGCCUGCUGCGUUGGUACGGCCGCGUUCAAGAGGUACCCGGGGUGCUUCGGGCGGCUGAGGCUUGUGGGCUUCAUCUGUCCGUCCCCCAACUUCCCCCAACAUCCAGCCUCCCAGAGGAGACAGCUGCAGAGGACAAUGUGGCCAGCCCACUGGAACAAGAGGAAGGCCAGGAGACAACCACGCAGCUUCCAUUCGUCGGCGGGCCCAGGCCCACAAUGACUAAACUUAAAGAAAGCGGCAUCGAGGCGGUGUUUGCUCCUCAUCCUUGCCCUGCCUGGACUCUCCCAUGGGACGCCCUACCGGAAGCCAUCAACCCCACUGAGGGGAAAAUGUCAAAUAUCCGCGCAGUCCGCAAGAUGCAACAGCUGAACAACUUGGUUGCCGUGGUUACAGAUCUAGCCAGACCAGGUUACACCGUCGUGGAUUUCUGCAGUGGAACGGGCCACGUUGGGAUUGUUCUGGCACACACGCUCCCAGAUUGCCAGGUCAUCCUCAUCGAGAACAAAGAAGAGUCCUUGGUGAGGGCUCAGAGUCGCGGUGCUGAGCUCGGCCUGAAAAACAUCGGCUUCAUUCAGGCCAAUUUGGAUUACUUCACGGGACCCUUUCACAUUGGGGUUGCCCUCCACGCUUGUGGCAUUGCAACAGACAUGGUGAUGGAGCAUUGCAUCCAGACUGGAGCCUCCUUUGUCAUUAGUCCUUGCUGCUAUGGUUUCAUCCAGAACGCUGUCAAGUUCACCUUCCCCAAGAGCAAAAAGUUCCAGGACACCCUGACGUAUAAGGAACACAUGAUCCUCUGCCGCUUCGCAGACCAGACGGCUGUCCAGCUCCCCCCUGACCGGCGACUCAUCGGUAAACAGUGUAUGGGCUUGGUGGACUUGGAUCGGUCGUGGGCAGCGGAGACUCACGGAUACUCGGUGCGGGUGAUGACCAUGGAGCCUGAAAGCUGCUCGCCGAAGAACAACAUGCUGGUGGGAAGGCCGCCGCAGAAGAGCGGACAAGAAGCCGCUGACGGCCAAGCACUGGUGCGUAAUUAGGACUCGGAGCUCCGGUGUGCAGCAGGGCACCUUCAGCGUGGUCGGGGGUUUGAUGACGUUCCCAGCCUUCCGUGCCUCCUGGCUUUUUAUCCACCCUCAAAAUUUCAUUUUAUUUUUAUCUAAUUUUUUUGUGAAAAAUGGCCUCAGAAAAUAAAAUAUUAUUUCUAAGACAACA